AAUGAGCCGGUUUUUGAUUUCUUCGUUUAUACUGAUUGCCUUUGUUCUUCAGUUUGGAGAAGGAUCAAUUGCAGUUCAAGAAGUUAAGGAUGGCGAAAAAGUGCAAAUUGAACUUUUCAAAGGAGCCAAGGCAAUCCAGAGAUCCGUUGACGCUGGCGAACAGAUUUUCCAUUUCGAAGGAGAAAACAAAGGAGUGUUUGUGGAUGCUAAUGGAAAAGCUAUUGACUCGUCAAAUUAUGAAGAGAAUAACGGACAUUUGGUCAUCAAAAAGUUCACAAAAGCUGAUGUUGGAUCAUAUUCUGAAUAUCCAACGAAAAUUAUCAAAACGAAAACGGAUCAUGGAUUUUCUGGAGUUGCCGCGCCAGUUCUCAAACUUUCUCUUCAAUAACUUUUAAAAACUGUUUCAAUAAAUUCUUUUAAAUAACAAUAAAUUGU